CAGUGCCCGAGUGACUGAGGCUCCGCUAGUGUGUUGGUGGACACAGUGCGAGACGGCAGGCGUUUUCCCGCGAGUGGCUCAGUGUCCCGCCGUCGCCCGAGCAGUGCGGUCGCAAGCAAGCAAGCAAGCACGACAGAAACCUUUUUCCCUUUCGAGUGAUUUCAUAUUUUCUAUGAAAGAGAGAUACUGAUUGUAUUCCUUGUUUGGUAAUGCGGUUAAACUUUUAGAUACAAGCGAAGACUGAAAAAAGACAAUAAACUCGGGAUCUUCCAUUUCUUUUAUUUUUUGAACUUGAGAAGUAAGGAAAAAAAAAACGGAUUGUAAAUAGCGUUUAUUUACUUCCUUUGUUGUUGAUCUAUUUUCCCCCCGAAGGAAGAACGUUGGUGUGAUAUACCUGCCGAGACGCCAGGAGGUGGGCGUCAUUAUGAAGUGGGCGUGGAUAUGGGCUUGCUUGUGGGCGGUCCUCGUUCCGGCAGGACUGGCCAGUAAAUGCCGCCGAGCCCCCUUAAGCACCAGCGCCCCCAAGACACCAGGAGAUAAUUCCUUUAAGAUUAGCAUAAGUGGCAACCCUAAUAAGUACUUCCCGGGGGAGGUGUACACAGUGAGCCUGCAGGGAUGGCGCACGCAGUACUCAGUCCAGAAGUUUAUAGGCUUCAUGCUCGUGGUGGAGCCCUCACACACCCCCGUCGACAUCUUCGGCCCUCAGAGCGUGGGCACCUUCCAGCUGUAUGGAGACGCCCUGACAAUGCACUCUGACGACUGCCCCAACGCCGUCACCCAGACCUCAUCCAUCUUAAAGAGCGAGAUACAGGUACUCUGGACGGCUCCUCCUGCUGGGUCCGGCUGCGUCUCCUUCAGAGCGACCGUCGUGGAGACCCGAGACGUGUGGUACAUGGACGACGGGGAACUGACGAAGGAGCUGUGCGAGGAGGUGCAGGAGAGCGAGAACAUGCAGCCGGAGAUCAUCCACGACUGUUUUGCUUGCGAUGAGGCCAAGUAUGAG